AUGCCUCCCAUCCCACCUUCUGCACAGCGGCGGGGACCGACGUGGAUUGAUAAAAUGAAAAUGGGGAUGUUGAUGGGCGGAACUGUUGGAGGCAUUAUGGGCUUCAUCUAUGGUACCGUCACCAUCUUUCAGUACGGCGCAGGUCAAGCCGGCGUAAUGAGAACGCUCGGAAAAUAUAUGCUUGGAUCGGGCGCUAUUCUCUUCAUGGGUAUUGGCAGCAUCAUUCGAACAGAUUCGCCUCAAAUGACAUCGGCAGUAUGGGGGCGAUCACGAUAUCCACCUCUUGUUCAUCCGCGACGAGAUCAAUUUUCCAUCAACUCCCGAUGA